GCAAGCGAACGGCCGCCUCCGCCCAUAUCUAUCCCGUCCCGUGCCGCCCGUAUCGAGCCGAGGAUUAAACCAGAGCCACGUACGCCGUAUUUCCGAGCGCGCCAUGGAGGACACGGAGGCGGCGGCGAGCGGGACGCCCGGAGCGGGAGCGGAAGAUGGCGCCGGGAGGCCGGUGUCCAAGGCGCUGAAGGUGGUUGCCGCCGUGGACGCGAGCGAGGAGAGCCUGCAGGCGCUGUCGUGGGCGCUGGACAACGUCGUGCGGUGCCACCCGGACGCGUCGCUCGUCGUCGUCCACGCCCAGCACGCCGUCGACCACUUCGUCUACCCCAUCGCCACGCACGGCAUCGCGUACGCGCCGCCCGCGGCGGUGGAGUCCAUGCGGAAGGCGCAGGAGGAGAACUCCCGGAGGAUCCUGGCGCGCGCGCUGGGCAUGUGCAAGGAGCGGCAGGUGGACGCCACGGCGGCCGUCGUGGAGGGCGACGCCAAGGAGGCCAUCUGCCAGGCCGUGGAGCGGUUCCAAGCCGGGCUCCUCGUCCUCGGCAGUCGGGGGCUCGGCAAAAUCAAGAGGGCGUUCCUGGGCAGCGUGAGCGACUACCUCAGCCAUCACGCCUGCUGCCCGGUGCUGGUCGUCAAGCCGACCAAAGCGCACGCCAAGUGAACUCCGGUGACUCUGUCGAGUACUAGUAAUGGUGUGCAGUAUCUCUGCAGUCUGUAUCUGUGUAUUACUAUGUUCGUAGAAAAAUGUACAGACCGAAUAAGGAAUGGAUGUUAGGGUAUGUUUGCG